UUGAAUGAAUUUCUUUAUAAAUGAUAUUGAAGUAAAGGUCUCUGUUUAGGGAAAUGAAGGAUGUGGAUAACCAACAGUGGAGAGUUCAGAGUUUUAUCUUCCAAAGGAAAUCUUGAUGAGCAAUAAUUAACCCCUAUCUCAAUUUUGCCAAAUCUCAUUUUCCUCCUCUCUCACCUUUAAGUCUUCUCUCUCUCUCUGCAGCGAUAUUUGGAUGAAGCGGAGCGGGAUAAGGAGCGCUACAUGCGAGAGCUGGAGAAGUACCAGAAAACGGAGGCCUACAAACAUUUCACCAGGAAGGUCCAGGAGAAGCAGAAGGGCAAGAGGCACAGGGGAGAUGUUGGGCACCAAGUCGCCAGUGAGGCUCUUCAUGAGAAAGACGCAGAGGGAAAGGACAGGACUGUGUUUGACAUACCAAUCUUCACAGAAGAGUUUCUCAACCACAGCAAAGCACGAGAAGCUGAGAUGCGCCAGCUGCGCAAGACCAACAUGGAGUACGAGGAGCGCAACGCAGCCUUGCAGAAGCACGUGGAGAGCAUGCGAGGGGCGGUGGAGCGGCUGGAGGGCGACGUGAUGCAAGAGAGAGAACGCAACGGGCUCCUGCAUCAGCACCUGGAGACUCUGCGCCAGGCGCUCACCUCCAGCUUCUCAUCGGUUCCUCUGCCAGGCAGCGGAGAAACCCCCACCCUUGACAGCAUUGACUCCUACAUGAAGAAGCUCCACAGCAUCAUCGUCAGUAACCCCCAGGAGCACGAGAGCCUCAUCAGCACAGUGAGGGAUGUGGUGAGCCGUCUGGACAGAUAAUUUGGAUCAAGCUCAUCCGGUUUGAUGAAUCGGGAUUUUCUGCACAGCUUCCUGUUUUCAGCUCUUUUCUCCAACUCAUCGCCCUGGUUGGGUUAAAAAUGUCCAGAACUCUGAUCAUAUCGGUGAAUGUGACCUUUGUUCUUUUAUUUAUUUAUUGUUUCUAACGGUUUACACCUUUCUGUAGCGAUCUUUUAAGCUGGAUAUGAAAGUUUCCCCUGUUCCAUCUUCAACGUUCAUUCCACAACAGACCCGUUAUCGCCGUCAUACAUGCUGUGUUUGUGUUAAAUCGUAACCAAGAAAUAUUGUUGACAUGUCUGUUAAACACUUAUAAUCUGUUGAAAAA